AUGCUCAGAUUCAAGCGCGGGAUGAAAGGGUGGUCAAGGGCACCAGCUAGUGGUGGCGAGCCAGCAAUAGAUCACACUUUGAGAGGAUUUCAUUUCCUCCCUCCAACGCCUCUGCGGCGGACGCAGAAGGAGAUGCCGCCCGACACAGUCGAGCUAGUCCUGCACGGGUUGAAGGGAGAGCUGCUGAUGGGGCCUGAUGUCGUUUCCUUGGGCGUAAGCAUAUCGCAGAUCAAGAGGCGAUUGCUCGUCCACUCUCGCCAGGAGGUGAUCAAAGGAAGCGUGACCCGAGCAUUGCAGCUGUACAACUUCAUAGCGCUGGGUGCUGUGGUUCAUUUCUUGCACAACCGUCGAGCAGUUGAUGACAUGGAAACCUUGCGGACUUUGAGACUUGAUGAGCAGCACGAAGGUACCGGAAAAUACUCGCCCGAUACUUUGGCGCACUUGGCACAGGUGAAGAAGAGCCUCGCAGCCACAGAAUCCACAGCACGUCUGCCCGAGCCCCGGGAGGUGCUGGCAGCUCCCAGGAUCGAGUUGGUGGCGGUGGUUUUCGUCCACAUCUAUGGUGUCAUAGCCUGGGGCGAUGCUUCAGCAGGUGGCUCUAUCCCGCUAUCUCUUUCAGACCGCUUGUCUGGUGGAAUCACUUUUGUGGUCGGCAACACCCGAGCUUUUGCGGCAGUGUCGCAGUCAGGUGCAGUCACCACUUGGGGGGAUCCAGCCUGCGGCGGCAAUUCUGGAAAAGUUGCGGAUCAGCUCAAGUCGCGGGCCUUUCAGAUUUGCUACAACGAGUGGGCCUUUGCUGCUUUCAGAGAAGGUGGCCAGAUUGUAUGUUGGGGCGACCCGGACGCCGGCGGUCAGCCGUCGGGGAUUGGAGCUUCCUUGACCUCCGGUGUAGUGAAAGUUUGCAGCACAGAGUUUGCCUUCGCUGCACUCAAAGAAAGUGGACAAGUCGUCACCUGGGGGGAUGCAAGUGUAGGUGGCGACUCCAGCAGCGUUGCGUCCCAGCUCCAGAGUGGCAUCGUGAACAUUUGGGCCAACGCCGGGGCAUUUGUGGCAGCAAAGUCGGAUGGUUCUUUGGUGAUUUGGGGUGACCCAAGCGCCGGUGGGGACAUGAAUGCGCUCAACCAGGAGGAAGCUCGUGACAUCGAGACCUUGUUCUGCAACAUCCGCGCGUUUGCGGCCAUUGCCCAAGGAGGUCGCGUAGUUGCUUGGGGUGCUCCUGGGUGUGGAGGAGAUACUUCCGCUGUUGCAGCACAACUCACAGGAGGUGUUCGGGACAUCCGGAGCAAUGGGCGCGCCUUCGCGGCCAUCAAGGACAAUGGAGCUGUUGUUGCUUGGGGCAACCCCGACUUCGGAGGUGAUGCAAGUGCUGCAAGGCAUUUGAUGCAGCACAGCAUCGUGGAUAUCAUUCCGAGCUUGAAGGCUUUUGCAGCCUUGAGGGAGGACCCAAUGAGCAAUGGCUUCACGGUCAUGACGUGGGGUGAUGCUCAAACAGGUGGUGAUUCGAGCGCGGUGUCUCACCUCUUGAUUGGCAAUGUGCAGCAAGUGGUAGCCAACGAUUGGGCAUUUGCAGCCAGAAGAGACGACGGCAUCGUUGUUUGCUGGGGUGAUCCUGCUUCUGGGGGCGAUGAGUCUGCCGUGGAGGAACGUAUCCGGCAAGCAGGUGGAGCCACGGCCUUGUACAACACGUCCCGUGCCUUUGCCGCGGUCCUCCAGGAUGGCUCCAUCUGCGCUUGGGGAGAGCCCAGCUGUGGAGGAGACUCCGCACCUGCAGAGUUUGAGCUGGGAGACCAGAAGGUCCUGGACAUGUGUGCAAAUGAUUAUGCAUUUGCCGCUCGUACUUCGAGCGGAUCCGUUGUUGCCUGGGGCCAUAAGCUGUAUGGAGGCCACAUCGAGGAGGAGGCUGCCAGCAAGCUGCUGUCGGGCGUCACGAAGAUGAUUGGAAACAAGUUUUCUUUCCUCGCCAUGAAGAGAUCGGGCACCUACGUAACAUGA